UUUUCGUUUUCCUUUUUGCAGACGGAGGACGAAGGCAACCACGGAAACGACGAGACGAGAUGCUUCAUCCUUUCCACGUUGGCAUCGCAGGGAAGAUCUAGAGUGCACUGCGUGCUGUGCGAGGAACAGCUUCUCGUCUUCGACAGGUAUCCGCUAGUCGAUGGAACCUUCUUCUUGAGCCCCAGGCAGCACGCCAAGAGUUGCAUCGAGGUUAAGGUCGAGGGCAGAACCCAAUUCUUGACGGUCGUUUGCAUGGGCUGCUUGGAGGGAGCCCCAGGUCGCGCCAUCUGCUGUCGCGUUUGCAACAAGCAAUGGGAUGGAUCUUCCUUGGUCUUGGGUACCAUGUACUCUUACGACAUCUUCGCCGCAAUGCCCUGCUGCACUGAACGAAUUAAGUGCAACGCCUGCUUCAAGCCCGUGCUGCAUCCGGCUCAACGCCUCAACUUCUUCAGCGACUACAGCCACAUGGUGCCUUGUCCGCAUUGCCGCACGCUAGACACGCACUUCGUUAAACCUCUGCACUACUGCUACACGCGCACCACGACGCGCAAUCUGCAGUUGUGGCCAUAGCCCGCGGCCCCCGCGAAAGCGCCACCCUCGCCACCGCCGGACCUCCUCGACUUGGACCUGGGGUUGCUGUGGCGCGAGUUGGCCGGCCUUCGGCUCGACGAGUUCUGCCGUCUUCAGCUAACGCGCGAACGGUAGACCACAACAACAACAACAACUACAUUUAGCCAUUUAGCAAGGAUACAAACAAACAAACAAACAACAAGAACAGCUACAAAUAGAAAAAUACACACACACAAAAAAAACAACAAGG